GACCAAUCUUUGUCACAUGUGUUAAUAAUGUAAAGAUUCCCAGAGCUCUGUCAAAGCAUAGUUAGAACACAUAAUAUAAAAGAUACAGACUUUCCACCUGGGUGUAGUGGCACAUGUCUUUAAUCCCUGCACUCAGGAGGCAGAGGCAGGCAGAACUCUGUGAGUUCAAUGCCAGCCUGGUCUACAUUGUAAGUUCCAGGACAGCCAGAACUACAUUGUGAAACCCUGUCAGUCAGGUAGGGAAGAAGAAGAAGAAAAGAUAUAGACAUUGCAGAUUUUUAAUAAAUUCUCAAAUUGUUAUGUUACAGUAUAUUAGAACUUGCUAUCAAAAUAUUGUUUCCUAGUAGAGUGGAAAUAUUUGGUUAUGCCUUUAAUAACAAGAAUAUUAUGAUUUUGAGAAAAUGUUAUUAAUGAAUUAGCAUCACUGUAAUUUUGUGUAUGUGGGUGGAGUCUGUGUGUGUAUGCCAUGUAUGUGCACGUGGUGGGGAGUUGCACAGAGUCCAAAGAAGGUCAUUGAUUGUCCUGCUCUAUCACUCUGCACCUUAAUCUUUGAGGCAGGGUCUCUCCCUGAACCUGGAGCUAGGCUGGUGGCCAGCAGCAAGCCCCAGGGAUCCUCCUGACUCCAGUAGAUCAGUGUUAUGACUCCAGGCUCAGGAAGCCAUGCAUGGUUAGUGACCUCAGUACUGGAAAUUGAGUCAGGUCCUCACACUUACACAGCAAGUGCUCUUACCCCCCGAGCUAUCUCCCCAACUCCUUUAAGUAUAAUUUCUUCAACACGUUUACUUCAACAUAAUUGAUUAUAAUUGUACUUACACUAAUCCCCAUUUAUGAUUCUUGUUGUAUUUUCUUCUCUUACAGCAAAAUAUCCAGAGAUAAAAUCCUUGAUGAAACCUGACCCCAACCUCAUCUGGAUCAUAACUCUGAUGGUUCUCAUCCAGCUGGCUUCAUUUUACUUAGUGAAAGACCUAGAAUGGAAAUGGGUCAUAUUUUGGUCCUAUGUCUUUGGUAGUUCCAUUAACCACUCAAUGACUCUGGGGAUCCAUGAGAUUUCUCACAAUUUUCCAUUUGGCCACCACAGGGCGCUGUGGAACAGAUGGUUUGGAAUAUUUGCUAACCUCCCUUUGGGAGUUCCAUAUUCGAUUUCCUUUAAGAGAUACCACAUGGAUCACCAUCGAUACCUCGGAGUUGGUGGCCUUGAUGUGGGUAUUCCUACCGAUUUUGAGACCUGGUUUUUCUGCACCACAUUCAGGAAGCUGGCCUGGGUUAUAUUUCAGCCUCUCUUUGUGAUUUUCCGACCUCUAUUUAUCAACCCAAAACCAGUUUCUCAUCUGGAAAUCAUCAAUGCUGUGGCUCAGGUCACUUUUGACAUUAUAGUUUACUAUGUUUUGGGAAUUAAAUCUUUAGUCUACAUGUUGGCAGCCUCCCUGCUUGGCCUGGGUUUGCACCCAAUUUCUGGGCAGUUUAUAGCCGACCAUUGCAUGUUCCUAAAGGGACAUGAAACAUACUCAUAUUAUGGGCCUCUGAAUUUCCUGACCUUCAAUGUAGGCUACCAUAAUGAACACCAUGACUUCCUGAACAUUCCUGGGAAAAACCUGCCCCUGGUAAGUGAAGGACUUGGUAAAUAUUUUCAUUUCUAA